AUGAAUCCUGAUAUUCCAAGAGGUCUAUUUCCGCAGGAACCGAAUAGAUUGUUCAAACCAUCUUCUACGGUCACUGAGCCCCUGAUGCCGACCGAGAGCGCUGUUUCCUUCAGAAUCGGCUCAUCCGACCCCAAUGACACAGACCAUGUCCGCCCCACAAGUCCCAUACAGUAUCCUGAUUAUCCUAAUCUUUCUGAAUACCACUUAUCUAGGGUCCUGGGCACUGGUUCCUUUGGCAAUGUUUACCUGGCCUGCCGUCGCUCCGAUAGACAUUCUUGUGCCAUGAAAGUCAUGACUAAGAAGGACUGCGCCUUUUCAUCCGUCGCUGGAGCUCUCAAAAGCGAAGCGAAAAUCUUGGCUUCACUUGAUCACCCUUUCGUGAUCAGAAUUGAAUCUGCCUUCCAAAAUCAAGACCAUCUGUUCCUUGGACUGCAAGUCGCAACGAAUGGGACCUUUCAUGAUUACCUGGAAGCCUAUGCACCCAUGGACCCUGCCAAAGCCAAAUUUUACAUAUGUCAACUGAUCAUGGCCCUGGACUAUAUCCAUGAGAAGAAUAUCGUUCACGGAGAUGUGAAUCCUAACAACAUUUUUGUGUCGGAAAGUGGUUACCUGAAACUUGGUGAUUUCGGCCUUGCCCGCGAUACCACUCGGGAUGAGCUCCCAAAUUCAUGCUUCGGAACUGUGCACUUCAUGGCCCCAGAGAUGAUUAGAGGCGAAGAUUUCGGCCCCUCCAUUGACUGGUGGGCCCUGGGAGUCAUCAUGUACCUGAGCGUUUUUGCCUGCUAUCCAUUUGAUGUCGCAAGUGAACGAUCAGACCAAAGAUUCCACAGGGAUAAUAACAGAAAGCUAAAGCUACUAAUCUGUACAGGACAAGUGGAAUUACCCUUUGAAAUUGAUUACAAUGCCACAGAGCUCCUAAAAGCACUGUUGUCCAAUUCCGCAGAGAGCAGAAAUUUUUCGAUGGCUCAUCUCAUUAAUGGGAAUAUCUACUUGCAGGAAGGGGUGAACUGGAAGAAUCUUCUCAACAGGGUAUAUAUAUCCCCCUUCCCACCCCCCCGCCCUCCGGUGGAUCCAAACCACCACGACGAAACAGUCGACUACUCAAUCACUUAUUUGGACCGACAACCACUCGCGACCGAACAUUAUGGAGGUUUUUUCAAUGAUUUUUACUAUGUCAGAACCCCUUGGCAGGUCCAGAAAGAGGGCCAAACACGUAUGCUCAUCCCGUCCAGCAGUGAUGCUGAGACUAAGGCCUGA